AGUUCAUCCAAAAAUGGCAGCACAUGAAGGAAGGACAAAGGACAUGCAGAUCGAGGCAGUUGCAACUGCCAUCAAUUGGGUUGGCCUUUGGGGUGAGGCAGAUUUCGACACCCCUUUGAGAAGUGACGCUUUGGCAUGGACCAGCGACGAAGUCCGGCGCUAUGUGUCAAGCGGCGGCACGGAUGUGCCACAACAAGUGGUCGAUGAAGAGGACUCCCCAUGUCCUUAUACGGGUGCUGGAGCCGCAUGGAAGACUGAUGUGCCAUCUCCUUGGUGGGUGGACUCUCAGUUCCACACAGAAGGACCUGCUGAUGAUGAGUCGAUCCCUCGCAAAAUAGAAGGAUGGUGGAGAGUUUUGGAUUACCAGCGAGAUCCAGAGGCUGAGGUUGGGGAUGACUUGAAUGUCAACGAGCUUUGCUUUGUAGAGAAGCUUUGGACAGAUCGUGUUCGAGUAUUCAAGGCAGGCCAAUCAGGUCCAGCAGGUGAAGUGCCUUUGUCACGGGUUUGCGAUUUGCAGCUGAUGCAGAGGGCUUCGAAUUCUGUUGGAUCAAGUUGGGACCUUCUUCGUGAUGUUGGGGAAGGUGGUGACGACCCAGAUGAGAUUCAAGUAGGGCAGAAGAGAGUUCUUCUCGGUGGAGAGUAUGGGACCUUAAAGUUGAAGGGCCUUGAGUGCGAGGUUUUAAGCUAUGUGGAAUGGAUGGACAGGUGGACUGUCGAGAUUCCAGUGAAAGAUCAGAAAGGCAAGAACUUGGUGGUUGCUGUUAUUCCUGCUCAACUUCGGCAACCAAAGCUUCCAAGAGAUCCUAAGAGAAAUGCUCAGGUGAAUCUAGGUGUUGCCCUUCGAUCUCGUGCCUUAGAGCUGUGCUGGCGACAGGCCGAGAGUGAUGUAGCAACAGGAACCAGUAGUGGAAGCCGUAGCAAGUUUCGGCUGCAGCUGCACUACGUGAGCCGAGUAAGGCCAGGGGGCAGAGUCUGGACAUCUUGCCCUGACUCCUUGUACAAAUAUGUUGAGGUGCGGUUUGUCGCUUCUGGGGACUACGGCUUGGUCUAUCGAGUGCUACGGAUGGUGGACUCAUCGAAGCAGGCGUUUGAACGGGAUGAGGAGGAUCCACAUUUGGUCCUGGACAUUCCACGAGGUUCAGACCGAGCUACCAUAAUCAAAGCUUAUCGCAGGCUUGCAAGACGGUGGCAUCCAGAUAAAGUCAAGGAAGAGGAGCACGAACAGGCUGUUCAGGAGUUCAGAAGAGCUCAUCAAGCCUACGAAAACUUGCUCGCAGAUCCAGAAAGGAGUUCAGACCUAAUGGUGCUGAAGAUGCAACAUCCUUUUCCACCUCGGAAGCCAAAACGAAUUACUAUUCCGAUGGCAUUUCAAACUGAGGCGAAAUGCUUGAGCUUGGUCUCUCAAUUGAGAUUGGCAAAUGUCCAGAAGCUGGUUGAAGUGGGGCCGAACAUCGAGUUCAUUGUGAGCUGGCCAUACUUGCCAGAAGCGCUGAUUCCCGCCAAUCAAUGUGACGGGAUCAGCCAGGUGGAUCGAGUGGAUCUUGUGAGAAAAGGAUGGUCAGACUACUCGAGAUCACGGCAUUCUGCACAGCAGAUCAUUCGCAUGAUGGUCUCAAUGAUCAGGCAUGACGUGAUGAUUGUCGACCCGAUACAGAACAUCAUUGUCGAUCGCGAAAGUGGUGAACCUCUCAUGAUCGAUUUUGGCAGAGGUGAAACUGCUGGAUCCAUUUACACCACGAGGAUCAAGACCUUCAUGAAGAAAGUUCUGCAGCUUUUGGCCAGAAGCGUGUCCAAAUCCAGCUACGAUGUCGCCGCGAGAUACAUUACGUGCCUGGAAGACACACUAUUUGAAUGCCUUGAGCGAUGGCAAGAUGAAAAAACCCGUGACCAGCGUAAGGCAGUUGCUGUUGUUGCUUCGUCAACCAAAUGGCAAGAAGGAAUUGAAUGCUGCCGCGAGAUUUGGCACAAUGAAGACGAGAACCCCUUCCGCAAGAUGUUCAAAGACCAGAAGGAUGUACUACCAGAAGACCGGGUGCUGCGAGAGGCUCGACCUGCUGAACAAGAUCCAGAAAGUGAUGAAGAGCCCGAGGGCGAGGACGUCGAUGAUGAUCCAGAAGGUCUCUGUGAUGCGGACAUCAAUACACUUACGCCGGUGCAGCUUUUGCUGCGGGCGAAGCGCAAGAAGAGCAGACGGGCAAAGCUACCAAAAGAAAAACCGAAUGUUACUAUUCAUGUCGCAGAGACUUUGCCAGAUGGGACACUGGGCCUAGGGUUAGAUGAUGCGGACGAAGAGCUCCGAGGUCUUAUGGUGGUGUCAAUUCACCGCAAAAGUGAGCACUAUGGCUGGCAACUAGGAGACCGCAUCAUUGAACUGAACGGCCAUAUGAUUGACGAGUGGGAUGACUUCAAAGCAACAUGGGCUGCUGCGAAGCAGUUCAGUACCACAGGGGCAGUCUUUGGAGUCGUCCGCGAGGGUGUUGAGUGCCUUUCAGAGGUGGAACCGAGGUGUUUGCACUGUGGUGUCAAGGGCAAACAUUUGCAACGCUGCUCCAACUGGGCUUGGGCCGAGGGCGAGGUGUUCUUCUGUGGCAGGGACUGUCAGAAGGAAGCUUGGACUGCUGCGAAGAGGAAGGCGUGAGAGUGCAUCGAGUGUCGUGCAGAGGUGGAUCAGCAGCUCAAGGUGACGAAAAGAAGUGCCAGCACCUUUAACUGCAAAUCUUUGCUUUUGUUCUCUUUUGCAAAGCUCAACCGUUCGCAGCAAGACUUCUCUUGGGAUCUUGGCGACACAACUUGAAAAGCACUGGCUCACAGCCACAGACACAAUAGAUG